GGGCUCGGCGGGCCAUUGGCUACCGGCAGCGGCAAAGGCAGCUUGGGGACUAGAAGAGCGAGUGAGACCCGCGGCCCUGGCCGGGGACGACCUGGGCUGCAGCCAUGGAGGACCAGAGGGAGGCUCUGCGGAAGAUCAUCACGACACUGGCUGUGAAAAACGAAGAGAUUCAGAGUUUCAUCUACUCCCUCAAGCAGAUGCUGUUGAACGUGGAGGCGAACUCGGCCAAGGUGCAGGAAGACCUGGAAGCCGAGUUCCAGUCCCUCUUCUCCCUCCUGGAGGAGCUGAAGGAGGGCAUGCUCAUGAAAAUAAAGCAAGACCGUGCCAGCCGCGCCUACGAGCUGCAGAACCAGCUGGCUGCCUGCACGCGAGCUCUGGAGAGCUCUGAGGAGCUUCUGGAGACGGCCAACCAGACCCUGCAGGCCACGGACCGCGGGGACUUUCCUCAGGCUGCCAAGCAAAUCAAAGAUGGUGUGACGAUGGCCCCCGCCUUCCGGCUGUCAUUGAAAGCCAAGGUCAGCGACAACAUGAGUCACCUCAUGGUGGACUUUGCACAGGAGCGGAGGAUGCUACAGGCACUCACGUUCCUGCCUGUGCCUAGUGCCCCUGUGAUCGACCUGGCCGAGUCCCUGGUGGCCGACAACUGUGUAACCUUGGUGUGGCGCAUGCCGGACGAGGACAACAAGAUUGACCACUAUGUGCUGGAGUAUCGGCGGACCAACUUUGACGGCCCGCCCCGCCUCAAGGAGGACCAGCCCUGGAUGGUCAUCGAGGGCAUCCAGCAGACAGAAUAUACCCUGACCGGUCUCAAGUUUGACAUGAAAUACAUGAAUUUCCGUGUGAAGGCCUGUAAUAAGGCAGUUUCAGGCGAGUUCUCUGAGCCAGUGACCCUGGAGACACCAGCGUUCAUGUUCCGCCUGGAUGCGUCCACAUCCCACCAGAACCUGCGGGUGGAUGAUCUCUCCGUGGAGUGGGACGCCAUGGGCGGGAAGGUGCAGGAUAUCAAAGCUCGCGAGAAAGAUGGCAAGGGGCGGACGGCGUCUCCCGUCAACUCCCCAGCCAGAGGUACUCCAUCUCCCAAGAGGAUGCCCUCAGGUCGUGGGGGACGGGAUCGCUUCACAGCUGAGUCCUACACAGUGCUGGGGGACACGCUGAUUGAUGGCGGGGAGCAUUACUGGGAGGUGCGCUACGAGCCGGACAGCAAGGCUUUUGGCUUGGGGGUGGCCUACCGCAGCCUGGGCCGCUUCGAGCAGCUGGGCAAGACAGCCGCGUCCUGGUGCGUGUACGUCAACAACUGGCUGCAGGUCAGCUUCACUGCCAAGCACGCCAACAAGGCCAAGGUGCUGGACACCCCCGUGCCCGACUGCCUGGGCGUGCACUGCGACUUCCACCAAGGUGACCCCGGGCCCCCGCUGACCUCUCCGGCCACCCCUGUCCGCCGUCUCUCUGCCCAAACCCCUCUUACCGGUCCCCCUGUUCCUCUUGCCCUCCACCCCAGGCCUCCUGUCCUUCUACAACGCCCGCACCAAACAGCUGCUGCACACCUUCAAGGCCAAGUUCACACAGCCACUGCUGCCGGCUUUCACGGUGUGGUGUGGCAGCUUCCACGUGACGGCAGGCCUACAGGUCCCCAGCUCUGUGCGCUGCCUGCAGAAGCGGGGCAGUGCUACCAGCAGCUCCAACACCAGCCUCACCUAGGCCUCGGGACGGCCCGUCAGCCGGGCUGAUUUCGGGGGGUGGGGGCGCCUCCAGGCCUCGGCUGUUUCAGCUGGGCACCCUCCUCUCACUUGCUGCUUGGAGCCUUAACUCCUGAUGGGGUCACCAGUGGGGAGCGGGCACGGGGGCGGGCCCUCCUCCCCACCUCACCUCCUAAUAAAGGUCAA